GAUGUGCUGGUUUGGAUUUGGGCAUCUGGAUUCAGAACCCAGGAAGUGAAGUCUCUCUGCUGCUGUGUCGUCUGAUGUCUCGUGUGAGGGGGAAAUGGAUGGAGCCACAAGUCCCAAGUGAGAAGAUGCAACGUACCCAGUUGUCCAGUGCCGAGCAGAGAUUGUUGUAUGAAGAAGCCCUGUACACAGUUAUCCAUAGCAGUGGUAAACCGGCAGGGGACCAAUGUGAGGACAAGAAUGAGCUCCUUCAGUACCUGCAGAACGCUUUCCAAAUGGACAAGGAGGAUAACAAUGUCAUUCUGAAGCAGGUCCGAGACCAGAAGCCACCCUCCACCUUUCUGAAGCUGACAGUAAAGGAAGCCAAUGGAAUUAUUGGGAAGGACGCGACUGGCUUCAGUGACCCCUACUGUUUGCUGGGGCUGAUGGUGUCAGAAGAAGCCCAAGAAGAAGAGGCCCAAAGGACAGACAGUCCCCUGCCCAGAAGACGGCAGAAAGCUGUGAUGAAGGAGGUAAUCCCUCAGCAUCAAAUCCAGAGAACAGAAGUCAAGAGGCAGACCUUGAACCCCAUUUGGAACGAAACCUUUCUCCUGGAAGUCAAGGAUAUCCAACUUACUGAGCUGUACAUGGAAAUGUGGGACCUGGAUGACGAAGAGUCUGCGAAUGUCCGGCUGGCUGAAAUCCACGGGAUCCACGGGCUGAAGAGGCUGUUCAAAGAUGUGAAGAAGGCAGCUCGGAAGCAUGAACAGGAUGAUUUUCUGGGAAAUGUGGUCAUUAAGCUGCAGGACUUGCCCUACACGCCUGAAGACAAAUGGUACACUCUGGAGCCUUGCACUGAGACCUACCCGAUCGGGAAAGUGUCCACCUACACCUGGAAGCUCAUCCACAGGGCAGGGGGUCUUCUGUGCCCUCCAAGGGGAGGGGAAUCUCGGAGUCGAAGUGUCCUCCACACCGGGGACUGCAGCAAGAUUUAUGCGAUGUUUGUUUUCGCAGAGGGACACCACAAUGAGCAAAACAGGAGCCCCGUGUUUCGGAUCCAUCGCCGCCUCUUGCAGCAGUUUGUGCAGUUUGAUCGGCUGAAGAAGCAGGCAGGGGAUGUCCAGGGGGAAGUAGAGCUGAGUGCACCGGCCUCCACCAUACUGUCUCUCCAUGCCACACAGAAUGACCUCUCGCCCUUCCUUCAGGAUCUGGCGAAGUGGCUGGCCUACAGCAAGCUGUACCAAUUUGUGGAAGUUAGCUACACCUUCCUGCUGCAGCACCUGACCAGCAUCGAGUACCAGUGGGGACUGGCACAGGUCACCCUGCAACUACAGGCGCAAGAAGAAUUGGCGGAGUCUUUCACAUCGUUCCUGGAUUAUGGAAUUUCUCUCACCCAGAAGUACAGGGAAGUUUUUCCAAUCUCUGAUCCCAAAUCAAUUGAACACCAGCAGUCCCUGCUCAGGGUCCUGGUGCAAAUCUGUAAGAUGAAGGCUUUCCAAAAACUUUGUUCUUCAGUUCCCGAUCUCCAUGACAGAAUCAUUGAUGCCAUUAAGUCUGGCACCACUGAGUGGUAUCACGCCCAGAAGCAGCUGCUGGAGCCCAUGAUAAAGACUGAGGAAGAAAAUAUGAAGUCCCUGGUGUUAUUCAUAGACCAGCUGAAUAGUGACCUUACAAAUGACCGGAAAAAACGAUUGAAGAUUUUCACAGGCACUGUCAAAGUCAACCUAUUCAAUGUCACCUAUAUGCAGAUCCAGAAACUGGUGGCUGAGGAUCUGAAGGAACAAGUGAUAAGUACUGGAGGUGGCAGGUCCAAGGCGGUUAUUGAGAGUCUCUACCAGUUGUACCAGAAGCUCAGACAGCUGCUGCAUCAACAGAUUUACUUAUCACCAAAUGAAGAUUCUGUUCCACUGAGUGACUUCCACAAGUGGUUCAGUGACUCGUUACCAAAGUGGUUACAGAUGGUGUACAACAAUACGGUGGAGAUGGUCCAGCGAGCUGUGCAGAAAGAUCAGCUGGAGAGUUUAGGGGAGAAGACCAAGCACAGCACCUCUGCUGUGGAUAUUGCAACCUGCUACCUCAAGAUCAAGCAGACCUGGACACAGCUGAGCUGGCCAGAUCCCGAGGAAGCAUUCGUCAUCAUGGUCAAGCUGACCGAGGAUAUGUGCAAGAUUGCACUAAUGUACUGUCGACUCAUUGAGCAGAAGGCAGAGGAGCUGUCAGCCAAGGGAAAUCAAGUAAACCCAAGUGAUUCAGAUGCGAAUGCCGUGAGGUCGCUGCAACUCUGUGUGGUUCUCAACAACAUGAGGCAUCUUCGGGAGGUCAUUUCCCGGCUGCCUGAAGACCUGGACUGGCAAGGACUAAAGGAAGACACAGCCAACAUGAUAUCAGUGGAUCAAAUCCAGAACACACUGCACACCCAGCUCAAAAGGGUCAACGAUUCAAUCAACAAUAAGAUCCAGGGUGUGAUCCAAACCCUUGCACAGAAGCUGCAAGCAGACAUAAAGAAACACAUUCACAACCUGUCCACGUCCAGUCAUGAAUCGCCAUUGGAUAAUUUGAUUGUGCCUUUAAUGAACUUUCUGGAGACUGAGUUUGCAUACAUGGAUACAAACCUGGUACAAGAGAAUUUUCAGAGCCUUCUAGGUUUCCUCUGGACACAUAUAAUUGAUGUCAUCAACUUAACGUCGAAUCAGUGUGGGGUUUCUCAGGCGCUUUAUUCAAGGCUGAGCUACACUCUGCAGAUCCUGCUGCAGUGCUUCCACGCUGAGGGAAAUGGUCUGCCACUAGACAAACUCCAGAUUGCCAGCUUCAAGGCUCUUGAGGCCCAUUUGUCUCUGAAUGCAGCAAGCAGUCACCAACUGAUCCAGAAGUAUUGUGCAAAGAAAAUCCAGCAACAGGCUGCUGAGGAAACAUCCAAGUACGGUGCAGUCACUGUAAAAGUGUUUUAUGACAAUCAACUCCAAAAGCUCCACGUUGAAAUCCUAAACGCAGUCAACCUCAUUCCACUGGAUUCCAACGGUGCCAGUGAUCCUUUUGUGGAGGUGACUCUGCAACCCAAGCACGUCUUCCCAUUGGUUGAAGGCAAAACCACAAAAUGCAAGUACAAUGACCUCAACCCACUCUUUGAUGAGAGCUUCGAAUUCAGCGAUGUUACUCCAGAGCAGUGCCGGACUGAAGGAGCCUGCCUGCUGCUCACUGUAUUCGAUCAUGAUACACUGCUCAGUGAUGACCUGGAAGGGGAGGCGUACUUCCCCCUGCAAGACAUCCCAGGACUGGACAGCAUAGAGGAAACCUUCAACAUCAGCAAGGUUCCUCAGACCCGACUAACACUUGGCCAUCCAAAACCCAACGAAGACAAUAUACUGAAGUUAUUAGAGGCACGGAAAGCAGACCGAGACGCUCAGGCCUUCAUUAAGAUACGAAAACAACGGGAAAGGAAGUCGAAGGAGACAUAAAGGUUGUCACAGCCUCAGGAAGAAGCACCAGCUACAAGAGAACUUUCAGACACCUUGUAUUUCACUGACAGCCAGUGAGCCCCCUGAUAAACACCUCGGCCUGCCAGCAUGGUUCAAAGAAAGCUGCAAGCAGUGUAUCAGCAACUUCCUGUGUGUGGUGGCUGGGUCCUACCCCCACCCUGUGUGUGGGCUGUUGAUGAAGCUGGUUUCUGGUGUGGGACUGUGAAUGCACACACGUUGCAAUGGCCCUCAGGUUGUAGAGACUCUUCAAAGUGCUCACUUACAGCUGCCUUCAGUCCCUCAGUUGAAGUUCACACUCCUGCUUUUGUAGACUCAGUAGUUUCAAUAGAUUCUACACAGGGCUUCAGUGAAUCACGUGGUAGUUUUUAAAAUGUUCCAUGUGAUUUGAUGUUUUUAACUCCAACCAGCUAAAACUUCGUUGUACAGCAACAGAGAUUAAAUCAGGUUGUGUGUGUGUGUUAAUAUUCUAUUUAAUAUAAGUAAGGUUUAUGUUCAGGUUCAGUUUAAUUUUGCUGCAGCUGCUUGCAUUGUUUGUACAGUGUCAGCGUGACCCCGGAUUGGUGCCAUUCACCUCGAGGGAGAGGGAGCUCGGUACUACCGGUGAUGCCAACAUUAAUGCAAAAUGCCACAAGUGCCAAAGCAAUAGUUGAAUUGGCUUGGGAGUUGUCCCAGAGUCCUGGCCAAUACUUCUCUGUAAAUAAACACAUGAAAACAGAUUUACCACAUUGUUGUUAACUGAACCCUGCCGUCUAGCACCACUGAAGUCCCAAGGGUGCUGGGUUAUCAGAGCUUUACUGUACUGUUCAUGAAAUCUAGCUAUGCACAAAGUACCUUCUGAACUAUUUGGGAUACCCACCACCCUCUGUGUGGAAAAACUUGCACCUCAGAUCCCCUUUAAAUUUUCCCCCUCUUACCUUACCCCCUCUAGUUUUAGACCCCCCUAUCCCGGAAAAAAGACUGUGACUGAUUCCCCUCUCUGUGCCCCUCAUAGUUUUAUAAACAUUAAGGUCACCCCUCACCCCUCGUCCCUCUUCUCUCCGGGGGAAACAGCCCCAGCCUAUCCAGUCUCUCCUUAUAACCCAAGCCCUCCAGUCCAGGCAACGUCCUUAUGAAUCUUGCCAGCACCCUCUCUAGCUUAGUCGCAUCCUUCCUGCAGCGUGGUGACCAGAACUGCGCACAAUACUCCAAGUGCAGCCUAACCAACAAUUUGUACAACAUAAUGUCCCAACUCGUGUACUCAGUGCCCCAGCUGAUGGAGACGAGCAUACCAUUCAGCUUCUUCACCAUUCUGUCCACCUGUGGCAUUACUUUUAUGGAGAUGUAUACUGGUAGCCCAAGUUCUUGCUGUUCAGUAACACUCCCCAGAGCCCUGCCAUUCACACUGGACGUUCUGUCCUGGUUUAACUUCCCAAAAUACAUCACUUUGGACUUGUCCAAGUUAAAUUCCAUCUGUCAUUCCUUUGCCCACUUUCCCAGUUGAUCUAAAUCCUGUUGUAACCUUAGACAACCUUCUUCACUGUCCACUAUGCCACCAAUUUUGGUGUCACCUGCAAACUUACUAUUCAUGCCACUUACAUUCACUUCAGAAUCAUUAAUAUAUUUGAUGAACAGUAAAGGACACAGCACCGAUCCUUGGAGCACACCGCCAGUCACAGGCCUCCAGUCUGAAAAGCGAACCUCCACUACCACCCUCUCCUUGCACCACCAAGCCAAUUCUGUAUCCAGUUGGCUUUCCCACCCUGGAUCUCACGUGUUCUAACUUCUGGACCAGUCCACCUUGUCAAAGGCCUUGACGGGUGGCACGGUAGUGUAGCGGUUAGCGUAACGCUAUUACUGUGCCCGAAACCCAGGUUCGAUUCUGCCCCUCUUUGUAAGGAGUUUGUACGUUCUCCCCGUGUCUGCGUGGGUUUCCUCCGGGUGCUCCGGUUUCCUCCCACAUUCCACAGACGUACGGGUUAGGAGCUGUGGGCAUGCUAUGUUGGUGCCGGAAGAGUGGCAACACUUGUGGGCUGCCCCCAGCACAUUCUCAGUAAAGCAAAAAGACGCAUUUUACUGUGUGUUUUGAUGUACACAUGGCUGAUAGAUAAGUAUCUUAGAUAUAAAUAUCUAAUGUCCAUGUAGACAAUGUCCACCCUCCUGACCCCACCCACCUCAAACAAAAUUUAAUCAAAUUUGUGCGAUAUGAUCUCCUGCAAACGAAGGUGUGAAAGGGCUAUGUAAAUGUACGUUAUUGUAUGGGAGUUUUAUUUAUAAAUUCAUCUCCUACGAACUGUUGCUCACCAGAAACUUACAUAAGGGAUGUGGUGGUGAAGGGUGGGGUGAUGCAUUGUGAUUUCUCAAGAAAGCCUCCAAGCGGUUGAGACUUGCCAGCAGGGCGCAAGAAAAUCAUCGCGACUGGUGGUGCUAAUGGUGUCACGUGGUCGAGACCUCCAGUUCCAGCGAGGGAGGAGGAUCUUGGAGGCAGAGUACAACCUUUGUCAGUGGACACAGGGGAAUCACUGUCCAGGGAUGGAGAGGUCUGAACAGACUGUGGCUAGAAAUUGUCUUGGGGGUUGGUACGAAUGAAUGAUGUAGGAUCCGCUUGUGUUGAUAUUCAGUCACAUUGCAGUCUGGUAUAUGAGUAUUGGGUGCUGCAGAUAACAGAAUGCCUAUCCAAUACUGCCUGUCUUGCAACAUAAAGCAAAUAUCCAACCCCAUAUGUCCAGGACCUUGGAUGAUUUUAUUUAACUGCUGCCUGCCAAGGCCCCUAGCUCUAGAAUUCCCACUUAAAGCUCCAAACAUCUCUGUUCUGUUAAAAAACUUCUAAAAUCUUGCCUCUGAGUAAGCUUUUGGUCACUUGUCAUAAAAGAUUUUUGCUUCAUAAAUUAGAUACGUGUCUCGUGUCCACAGCAAACAUUCAAUAAAACUUAA